AUGACGUCAAAUCAAUCAAUAAGUACUAAUGAACUACUACAGUUCUUAACAGAUAUCGAAACCAAUAUCAACGAUCAUGAAACUGAUUUCAGAAAAUUGUUACUAUAUUUACUACGAUUCACUAAUGAAAAAUUGAUCCUCAUUGCACAAGAAGAAAUCAAUACCCCAACUGAGGUACAGUUAUUGAUAAAAUUAAUUGACAGUAUUGAAUUGGUACUAUCAAAGAAAACAAACUUACUUUCAACUUUGUUAACUAUUGAAGACGUCAAUAUAAUCCAUGCCACAGGUUCUGGUUCAUUAGUUUAUGAGGUCCCUUUACAUGAAUGGUGUAUAUCCUUUGCCUUACUGCAUAUUCCUAAUUUUGUUUCCCAUACUACAGGUUUAAAUCAAUUGAAACGACUAGUUUUUCUUAUUGUGAAUUUUGUUUGUACUCAAUUGCAUAGUUUCAAAGUCAUCAAAAGCACCAGAAUUUACCUCUUGAAAACACUUGAUGAUAAUUUAAACUUUUGCUUAGAGAAUUUGGCAUCAGCAAACACUUUCCUAUUUAAAUCUAAACUAACAACAGCAGUCAACUUGUUUUCUAUUGUUCACGAUUAUGAUAUAUCUCAAAAACUAUCGUUAAAUCUAAACAAUUAUCAAUUAAAAUUUGAAAGUUAUGGCAGGAAAAUUUGGUUUAUCCUUAAUGAAAUAAGUUUGGUUUCAGAAAUUGACAAUUUAAAUUUUUUAGAUUGUUUAAAAUCAGUAUUUAUUUUGGAUCAAUCUAGUUCUCUAACAUUAAAUGUACUGGUUGGUUGGAACCAAUUUGGGUUUUUGUUAACUUGCAUAGUUGAACAUUUGCGACAAGAUUUUAAAACCCUCGAUUCGAAUACUAAUAAUUUUGAAUUUGUAAAUUUGAACCGUUCAAUCAGUUUGAGUUUAUUAAAUACAUUUAUGCUUUGUUUGGAAAAGGAUUUGUUGGAAAAUUUUAUGUCAUUUUCAAAUAUCAAGGGAUUACUCUGGAAAUUAAUAUAUGAUGAAAGUAUACCAUAUCUUAUCCGCAAAAGCUUGAAUAUAGUACAAUAUAUUUAUCAAUCAAAAAGUAAUCCAGAUGGAGAUAAACUCAAGAUUUACAACACACCAGUGUAUAAUGAUUAUGUAUCGAAAACAUUUGUUGAUCCAGAAUUGGAGUCCUUUCGUACUCGUCUAUUAAACUUGCAAGGUGAUUAUGAAGUUUCUAGAAAAGAACAAUUAUUAUCAUUUGCCAUAGAUGAAACUCACAAAUUGACAAAACUGGCCAAUUUAUUGAAUUAUCAUGAUGAACGUGCUUGGAUCCAUAUAGUAAAAAAGUUAACUGGCACUAACAAAGAUGUUUUGGAAGAUGAAACUACCUUGUACACUCUAGUCACUGCACUUGGCCAUUAUCCCUGCAUUUUAAAAGGUGAUUAUGAUUACACGAUAAAUGAAUGUACAAGAUGUGGGUUUGGACCUCUAUCUAAGAAUAACUAUAGUAGUAUUGAUCCAAAAAGACUUCCAUUGAAUUAUGACACAGAAGCUACAGUCCUUGAGGAUAUUAUACAGCUGUUUUUGGUUCCCAAAUUGGAAAGGCAACCAGACCCAUUGUUAUGUUGCAAUACUCUUCUUCUAAUAUUUAAUUUUUAUGCCACUUUUCUGCCUGUGACUGAUAUGAAAAUGCCUUACGUUCUAGACUUUUUGCUUGGAUUAUUAGCAACAAAUGAUAAUCGUGAUGUCCGAAUGCUAGUUGCACGUAUACUCCCACUAUAUUUAAUUCAACUGAAUGAUGACAAAUUACUUGAUGAAACAUUCAAGUACAUUUUCCAAAAAGUGACAUCUAUCGAUUUUUCGUCACAGCAUCGUUUACAUUUUGGUGAAUCAACAAUUCGAGCUGUUGUUGAGUUAGCAACAGUGUCUACUGGGGAACGAUUAUGUGCUAUCUACUUUAAGUUGGUUGAUUGGUUGGGUGAGCAAAAUGAACAGCAUCUGAACUAUGUUUACUGUGGCAUAUUGAAUCUUGCUUCAGCUAAAUCAUUACCGCCUCAUAAAUUACUAUCUCCAUAUUUACCGAGUGUUGCAGAAAUUAUUAUCAAAAAACCUCAAUUAUUUGAAAGAAUUAUCAAAGUACUGAUGAUUACUAAAAACUAUUUUUUGAACAGAACCAAAGAAUAUACCGUUCCAAGAAUUUUGGAGUACUACAAAGAUCCAACUUUACUUACACAAAUAGCAAAUGCAGCCGGGUUAGAGGUUGGAAAGUUACUUGCCAAUUGUUUACCAAGAAUAUUGGCAACUUAUUUGACAAAAGAGUCGGUAAAUGAAAGAUACAUUAUGAAAGUAUUGAGCAGUGUGUGUCCAGACUAUAAAAUGGUCCAUACAGAGGAAUUAUUUACUAGAAUCGGGGAUAUCACAUGGUAUAUUCUAUUGGAAAUACAAAUGGAUGAAUUUGGCAAUAUUCGCAAUCUAACGAAUAUUUUAAGAGCCUUGGACUGUGUUUGCAAAAAUGUCUCUCUACGGAAAAAUGGGUCGGAAACUACUAAAAAUAACAGCAUCAAUGAUUUGAUUGAGGAUCAAGUUUUGUUGUUGAUUCAAAAAUUUAGUGACGUAACACAUUCAUCAAGAGGAGCCAAGCCGUAUUUAGAGUUGAAGAAUUCCUUUUAUGCUAUUGAGUUUUUGAUCAAGAGACAUAUUGAUGCUAUUACUUCAGCUUUGGGACAGUUAUCUACCUGUUUACAAGCCACUUUAGAGGAACCAGAUUUCCAUGUAUUAUCUUUACGAUGCUGGAAUGAGUUGAUAAAGAAGGUGCCACCUUCACAUUUAAUAUCAUUGAUUGAUAUAAUUAUUUCGAUAAUUUUGCAAAAGUUUGAAAGUUUUGGAUCUGAGGCUAAAAGUAUUGCAAUUGAAAUUUUAAGAAAGAUCUAUGAAGAGAUUAAAGAUAAGUACAAUCGAUAUUCGUUGUACUUUUUGUCAUUGCCAUUUCUUUCUUAUAUGGAAGAUUAUCAAAUGGUCAAAGAGUUUCGAAAUAUGAAGUCCCCUUCACGUGCUAUGAUUUUUCUGGAAUUCACCAGACGAUUACAAACGUCUAACAUGUAUGUUGUUAAACAUGCAUUAUUUGAUUUAUCAAAUUAUUUUGACAAGUAUCAAAUCAACUGUCAACGAGAUCUUUUUAAAGAUCCUGGUUUGACACCAGCAAUAACAAGUUUGGUCCGAACUCUUUUGGACACAGCAGCAAAAUUUAAGAAUAAAGACACAACUGUAUCCACCGCAUGUGCCAAAGCUUUGGCAAUUAUUGGGGCUCUAGAUUCAAACAGGUUUCAAUUUAAAACAGUGAAACAACUAAUCAUAAUUGCCCUGGAUUUUGAGAAUAGUGAAGAAAACUCGACUUUUUUGGUUGACUUGAUUGAAAAUCAUUUAUUAAAGAUAUUUUGGGCUUCUAAUGAUCCACAUAAACAAUUAUUUGCUGCUUAUGUAAUGCAAAGUUUCUUAGCGGUUAUGGGACUUGAUGAGCAUGUUUUACAAACCAAGGAUAAUCGAGUAUGGAACAAAUUUACAGAUGUGGCAAAAUCAACCUUGACGCCAUUUUUGAAAUCUAAAUAUGCUGCUCUGAAACCCAAAUUAGACAAUAUCAAAUUCCCCUUUUUCAAGUUAGGAAUGAAAUAUGAGACAUGGUUGAUAGAUGUCACAUUAUUUUUGUUAAAACGGGCCAGUAUAGAUAAUGGUAAAGGUAAUCAAAAAGCAAAGACGAGAAAAUUAAUAUUUCAAAGUUGUGCAGUUUUAAUUCAAAAAGAACACGAUAUCCCAUUAUGUGAACAUUUGUUGAGAUAUGUGGCUCUAAGUCAUGUUAUAAAUGAAGGUGUUCCUGAAGAACUACAUAAAGAAUUUUUACAUAUUUUGAAAAUAGAUUCCAAAUCAACUUCUCCUGAUCGUGCUGAACAAUUGAAACUAUGUUACCAAGCUAUUUUUUCAGUGUUGGAUUACUUUAAUCAAUGGAGUUCCAAUAUGCGUGUUGUUACGAAUAAUUCCCAAAUAGAAUCAACUUCAGAUGAUAUACGUCAUAAAAUGGAUGCAGUUGCAAAGUUUAGUCUGUUCCCACAGGACCUUCUCACUAUUAGGUCAGCAGAAUGUGACGCAUAUGAGAGAACCAUUAUGUAUUUAGAGAAUUGCUAUCGUGAUAGUCAUUCAGAAAAAUCUUUUAAAUUGUCAAACUUGAAUGGUGCGGCGACUUUACAGGAUAUGUAUGCCCAUAUUGAUGAUUAUGAUGCAUUAAAUGGGACUUUGAAGAUGUUCUCAACCAAUAACUUGAAUGAAAAAUUGAUUACUUUCCAAUACAGUGAUAGCUGGAGUUUGGCUCAUGAAUCAUUUGAAGCCUUGGGUUCAACAAAGGAUAGUGUGUCUAACAACACAAAGCUAUUGCAAUCAUUGAAUGAACAUGGUUUAUAUAAUGAGGUGUUGUCAACAUUAUCUGCUAGAACCGAUCCCAACGAUUUAAAAUCUAUUCCAUUGGAUUGGUCGUUAAUGGGAUUACAUGCUGCCGUGUACAAAGGUGAUUCUAAACAACUUGAAAAAUGGUUGCAAGUAACCAAUUCAAUUGGCAAACCACACGAUAUGGAAACCAUGAUAAAUUAUGAACUUGCCAAGGCGUUAAGUUUUCUAUUUCAAUCUAAAAUAGAUAUGUUCAAAAGUUCCAUGGACAAGUUGUAUAAUAUAAUUGGAUGUUCUUUAGUUCCUUCAGUGUCAUCAAAUUUCACCAGAAACAUCACUUUGAUGAAUCAAUUGCAUGCGAUAUAUGAUGUGAGUUUGAUUGUUUCAUCUCAAGAUUCUGAAAAUACAUUGGAUCUACGUAUUGGUAAUGUUGACCAAGAUUUUGAUACUCAACGAAGUAUUCUAACGUUACAUAAUGUUGCCAACACUGCUAUGAAAAAUCCAGCGAUGAUAUCAAAAAACCUUUUACGAGAGUCAUCCUUGGCAAGAAAAUAUAAUCGGUUGGAUAUUUCUACUAGAUCUAUAGUACAAGCAAUGUCCUUAGAAGAUGACCAAGCCAUUAUAGAAUUUGCAAAAUUACAAUGGGCUCAGGGGAAACAAUCAGAAGCAAUCAAGUGUUUGUUUGAUAUUUUAAAGGAUCAUAAGUUUCAUCAGGAUGACACGAAGAAGGCACAAAUACAACUUCAAUAUGCCAAUUGGUUAGAUGAGUCGAAUCAUUUGUCAGCUCAUCAAAUCAUAAAAGAGUACACCAAGGCAUUUCAUUUAAAUAUGAGGGAUGAGAAAUGUAAUUUUGAUAUUGGCAAGUAUUAUAAUAAAUUGAUGGAAUCAUCUAAUGAUCCUUCAGGAGAAUAUGAACAUUUGACAGUGAGGAAUUAUAUUAGAGCAGUAUCUGUUGGUACUACUUUUAUAUUUGAAGCUUUGCCAAAAUUAUUGACGAUUUGGUUAGAUUUUGCUGAUAAACCGAAAAAACUGAAAACUGCUGAAAAAAAAUUGAAUCAAAUCAUUGAAGAUCUUUAUAAUGGUCUUGCAAAUGUACCCAAUUAUGCAUGGUAUACUGUAUUGACACAAAUGUUAUCAAGAAUUGUUCACCAUCAUGAACCUUCAUUUCAAGUUUUACGUACAAUUAUCCUGAAUGUUAUGUUAGAAUAUCCUAAUCAUUGUGUGUGGUAUAUAUUUUCUCAUGCAAAGUCUUCUGAUAAGGAAAGAAAAACCAGAACUCAAAAACUAAUUACUAAAGUGUGUGAAGAAAAUACUCGACAUCCUCUUACCAGAUCAAUCUUUGCCACUGGAGGAUUGUUUGAGAAAUUAAUAAAAAUUGCUGAAUUGAAAAUACCCAAGACAAAUAGAAAACGACAAAUGUCACUUUUAAAAGAUUUCAAUAUGGAUUUGAGUGAUCCAAUUGAUGAUUUAGUGAUACCUGUUCAAUCUAACCUUCAGAUUCAAAUACCUAGUCAAUUAGGAUCCAAAUACAAAGGGUUUUCACGAUCUUCUUCAAUUACGUUUGAUGGAUUUGAUGAUACUGUGAAUAUUUUUUUUUCAUUACAAAUGCCUCGACAAUUGACAGUUCGAGGUUCAGAUGGUAAUGCUUAUAGAUUAAUGGUUAAAAGUGAUGAUACAAGAAAAGAUGCUAAAGUAGUUGAAUUUACCACUAUGGUUAAUAGAAUAUUAUCUACUAGUACUGAGGCAAGAAAAAGAGGAUUACAAAUUGCCAAUUAUUCUGUGGUACCACUUUCUGAUCAUUUUGGUAUAAUUGAAUUUGUUAUGAAUGUACAAACUAUGAAAGGAGUAAUAAUUGAACAAAGGAAACGUCAAGGUAUUUCAAUUAAUGAAAGGAAAAUUUUUAUGCAUAUUGGUGGUUUACAAAAAGCUAAACAAAAAGAUAAUAAAAAAUUGGAUAAAUUAAUGGUUGAUUUCCGACAUAUAAUGGAUCAAUGUCCUCCAGUUUUACAUAAUUGGUUUGUUGAACAAUUUUCUGAUCCUAAUGCUUGGUAUAUGGCAAGAAAUUCAUUUACUCGAUCUAGUGCUGUUAUGUCAAUGGUUGGAUAUAUUAUGGGAUUAGGAGAUCGUCAUUGUGAAAAUAUUUUAAUUUUUAAAAAUACUGGAGCAAUAUUACAUAUUGAUUUUGAUUGUUUAUUUGAAAAAGGUACUACACUUCCAACUCCAGAAAUUGUUCCAUUUAGAUUAACCCAAAAUAUGGUUGAUGCCAUGGGGAUAACUGGAGUUGAUGGGAUUUAUCGAAUAACAUGUGAAGUUAUUGGUACAUUAUUACGAGAAAAUGAACAAAUUUUAAUGAAUAUAUUAGAAACAUUAAUUUAUGAUCCAUUAAUUGAUUGGAGAAAUCAUAAUCCACGUGAAGAUUUAUCUAAAGUACGUAAAAAAAUUCGAGGAUUAAUUAAUGAAGAUGAAGGUUUACCAAUGAAUAUUCAUGGUCAAGUAGAUGUAUUAAUUCAAGAAGCUACAUCAUUAGAGAGAUUAUCACAAAUGUAUGCCGGUUGGGCAGCUUAUAUGUAA